UAAAAUCAAUCAUCAUGUUCACUAAAGUGUUGCUCGUCUGCGCCGUCGCCGCCGUAGCCACGGCCAUCGAGUACCCCAAAGGCCUGCAUCCGGCCGUAUGCCCCAACUACCCGUACUGCGACGCGGAAGUCCUGGCGCGCCAUACCCCGGACGGCAUGCCUAUUCCUGAGUGGGAGAUGCCGUUCGCGUACGCACGCAUGGUUUACGCGGCACCAAUCCCUGUUGCCCGUUCUCUUGCUGCUGUCCCUGCCUUUAUACCUAAAAAAGCUCUUGAGUACCCCGCCGACGUUGACCCAGCUUCGUGCCCGAACUACCCCUACUGCGCAUAA